UAUUCAUAAAAAUUUACCGAUAAUGUUGUAAUGAUAAAAAAUCAAAUUCCACCAUUUUUUGAUGCUCCGUAAAAAAUUUGAAAUCCUUGUCCGCGCUUCCAUCCUUCACUUUCUCUCUCCUCCACAACAAUCGAAUUCAGCCCUAAACAUUCAAAAAUUUCCCCAAAUUCAUGGAAUUUCACUGAAUAAACCCUAAAAUGUCGACGAUUGAGAAGCUGUUUGUGCAAAUUUUCGACCGAAAGAGGCAGAUUAUCGAGAAAUUGAACCACCAGAAGCAACUCUAUGACCAACAUUUGCUUUCCAAGCUCUUAAUUCAAGGCAUUCCUCCUCCUUCUUGGCUCCUCAAUUCCGAUAAUCAAUCUUCAACUUCAGAUCUCACUGCAUUGAACAAGGAAGAGCUUAUUUCAGGACUGUUGCUUCCAAGACCAGGACCUUUUGCCUCUUACACCAGUGGUCCUAGUUUUUUAUAUGAUCAGCCAGUUGUAGCAGAAGCAAAUAGUGGUAUACCAGACGAAACUUGUGCUGGAAAAUGUGCCUCUAGCAAUGGAUUUGAUGAAGAUAGUGUUGCUCCACUGCAUCAUGUUGAUGGCACUGAAGACGUGGAUGGCAUUGUUCCUCCUUGUCAUGUUGAUGGUGCUGAAGAUAUGGCUGACACUAUUCCUCCUUGUCAUGUUGAUGGCACUGAAGAUAGGGCCGGCAUUGUUCCUCCGUGUCACAUUGAUGAUAUUGAAGAUACGGUUGACAUUGUUCCUCCAUCUCAUGUUGAUGAUGGCAUGGACACAUUCAGUUAUGUCCCUAUGUCUCCUGAAGAUCAGAUUGAUACAAGGUUCUCAAAUGUCUGUAAACCUGAGCAAUCUCUUGCAAGAAUACAGAGAUCCAGGUCCCGUCAAAAGGCACUGGAGCUUCGGAAUAGUGCAAAAGCAAGUACUAAAAGCCGUUUAGGGAUGGAGAAUGAUGUUGGUUCUUUUCACGAUGGAAAAAUUUGUAGAUAUGAUGAACAAUUUGAUUUAAAAAGAUCUCUUGAAUUGGAUGGGCCUUCUGCAUCACCUAUUGAAUUUUGCUCCAAUGAAGAAGUAGCAAUUGGAAAUUGCUCAAACAAAGAGGAUAGUGUUGAUGCUUGUGUUGGAUUUUUGGCACAAGCUACAGGAUUUGAUCCUCUUAUUUUCUCCAAGGAAGAAGCAGUAACUGAAAAUUCUACACACAAGGAGAAAAUUGAUGAUGCCUUAGACGGUCUUUUUACUCAUUCAACAGUUAGUGAGGCAAAGGAGGUAGAUUUGGAAGACAAUCAGAAGAUUGAAGAAAACAGCAACAUUUAUGGUAAUAGGAUUACUAGAUCCAAAGGCAGUUGCCAACAAUUAGGUGGUUCUUUUUCAAAUUCAACAGAUUAUGGGGCAAAGGAGGUAGAAAUGGGAGACAAUCAGAAGAUCGAAGAACACAACAUUGUUUAUGGUGGUAGGAUUACAAGAUCCAGAAGCAGUUCCCAACAAACCUUUGAUGGAGCUCACCCUCUUAAUGUAAAGAGUGUUGAUGUUUGCGUUGGUCAAGUAACUAGAACCAAGAGUGGCCUGACACAGCAGGUGGAAACUUCCAUUGGAAACAGCAGCAAGCCUUGCAGUGGUAAAAUUACAAGCUCUAAAGAUGAUGAAGCAGAAGAAAGAGAAACAAGGUUUUGGAGAAGCAUGUCUAGGGAGGUGUCUGUAAAACCCAAGCAACUUGAUUUUGAUGAAGUUGAAGAAGGCAAUUUAGGCGACAUCCCCAGCCAUUUGUCAGAUUCUGUUAGUCAGGACAUAUUAGAAGAGAGAGCCAGAGCUAACACGAAGUCUAGCACUUAUCCUGGUAUAUCUUCUUCUAGAGCAUGUCCUGAGUCAUUAGAGUACGAAGCCCAUGGGGUUUUAGGUAGUGAAAUUGCUCAUCAAGUUAAUUCUAAAAGUGACAAAACACCCGGACAGUCCUUGAUUUUGCAACAUUGUGGGGAUGUGUUACAUUCUUCUUUUGACACUGAUACUGAAGAAGUUGCUCGGCCGAGUCGUGGCAGAACCCCAGUUGGAUCAUUGAAAUCGGUGACUGAUUUUGCUCCUUCUGUAGAGAUGGUGCAAUCAGGGAGCCUUUGUAAUAUUGCAGCUGUACGAGCUUCCUCCUCAAGCCAUGAAAAGCAGGUUGGUGGUUCUAAACUAUUUGAGCUUGGAGCUGAAGUAAACAUGCUUCCUAACUUCAAUUGUAGAGAUGACAUGGAUAAUUCUUGGCCAUGUUAUAAGCGGAGGAAAAUCGAAUAUCAGAACCCCAACAAAUCUUCCAGCCCAACUUUGAGGACAAGUUCCUACAAAGCUAUCAGUGAAAGUGUAUCAAAUAUAUCUGCUUGGGGUGAGAAAGAAAACAUUUUUCCUUUGCCUCAGGAACCCUCAAUUUCUCAUAAUUCAGGCGCCGCUUUAUCAGAUUGUGCUAUUCUUAUCAAGGUGACUGAUCAUAGUGUCCCUUCUUUACCGAGCAAGGAACAAGUGUUGACUCCUCAGGUGGGGUGUGGAAAGGAUAAAGCUAGUUUAGGGAGAAUUGAUUCGUCCUCCGCACAUGAACACCAAAAACUUUCAAAAUCUGAUGUUUCAAAUGUGAAUCAAAGUAUUAUUGCAGAGCCAUCAGAUUUGACUUGGGAUGGAAAAGUGGAAACAAAUGCAUCAACUGCUGCAACUUGCCGUGGAAGGGUGUCUGGUGGUUUGGUGAAUCAUCAAGAUCUGGUUGAUAGUGACACUGUAGUGAAGUUGAUGGAUACGAAAAUGGCAGUGGAUCAUAGAAAUUCUCAUCACAAAGUGCAUGAAUUUAAGUUAUCUAUUGGUUCUCCACUAAUGGAGUGUAUGAAAGUGGCUGAAGUGGAUCAAACUAUACCAGGGUUUCUGAAAGUGGCUGAAGUCGAUCAAACUAUACCAGAGUUUGAUCGUUUUGUUAUAGGUGAGAAUACAGUUGACGCACAAAGUUACAGAGAUAAAUUUACCCAUGAAGAAGCUCCCAUUCUGGAUAACAAAGUGGAUAGGAACAGCUUGUCUGAGAUAAUUUGCAAAUCUGCAACUUUUGGCACCCCUGUAUCUCCCUUUACUAGUGGAUGCAAAAUGUACUUAGCACCAGGUAUAUACUCUUCAGUACCUAACGGGCUGCUGGAGAACAUUGACCUACCAAGUAAUCUGCUGCCCAGUGGAAGUGCUUUUCUUGGGAAGUCUCAUUCCGAUCUCUUUUCUUUUCCUGGUAGACAAUAUGGAUGGGAAAUCAAGAAACCUUUUCUGUCACCUGUUGGGAAGGGCUUUGAAGGUGCUACGUCAAAAUCUGCUAGUUCAGAUAAGCUAGGUAGCAGUAAUCUGGAGCUUACUUGCUUCCCCAUUCAGGAGGAUCCUGAAAGUGGUGAGGAAGAAGUGAAUGAUGCUGUUAACACUGGUGUGGAAAAGAACUCAUCAACUAUGAAAAAUAGCACCAACAUUGAACCAUCUUUUGAUAUUACUUUGCAGUCUAUUAGUUCCCUGGCUCCAGAUCAUGCGGAUGAGAGAGAUUGUUUAGACUCUGUGAGCACUGAUGUCAAGAGAACUGAUUCAAGUACAGGAAGUGGUGUGUACAAGGAGUCAUCUUGUGAUAUAGCUUUGCAGAAUGAAAGCUUUCUGGCUCCAGAUGAUGCAGACAAGAGAUGUAGUCAAGGAUCUGGAAGCACAGAAAUCGGCACUUUUGAAACACAUAAUGACAGCAAGAAAAGUAGCAUGGGUCAGAAAAGAAGCAUGCAGACAAGGUUUGGGAAGGAGAACAAUGGUUUUUCAGUUGGUGCUUACAGCAGCAAGAAGCACUCAAAACCACACAGUAGCAGGUUCAGCAAAUCAAAAUUAUCUGGAAAAUUGAGUUUAAGAAGCAGAGGACAAAGUUUGUCAGAGAAGGAACAGAAGCGCACUAAUAUUGUCUCUAACAUAAAAUCCUUUGUGCCACUUGUUCAACAAAAACUAGCAGCUGCUGUUCUACCUGAAAAGAGAGAUGUAAAAGUUAAGGCUCUCCAAGCUGCUGAAGCUGCCAAACGUGCUGCUGAAAUAAGAGAAAAUGAACGCAAUCAGAAGAAAGAGGCAAUGAAGCUUGAACGAGCACGAGUGGAGCAAAAAAAUAUGAAGGAAAUGGAACUGAAAAGAAAACUCAAAGAGGAACAAAGAAAGAAAAGGGAGGCUGAAAAUGCAGCUAAGAAAAGACAGAGAGAAGAAGAAGAAAAGAAAGAAAAGGAAAGGAAAAAACAGCGUAUUGAAGAAGCACGGUUACAGCACAAGCAAGCAGAGGAUAAACUUCAAGCUUGGAAUGAGGAUUCAAGAUGUGCACCAGAGGAAGGAAGAGCUCAUCAGAGAAAAGACUUUAAUGAGAAAACAGAAAAACAACUUGACAAAGGAUAUGAAAGAGAAGAUUCAGAGAAGGCAGUGAAUAAUUUGGUCGUUGGGAGUGAUAGAGGAGAAACUGAUGAUGGACUUUCAACCUUAAUUGAUCACAAGAUGUCAACGGGAUCUUCUGCCGUUGGAAAGGUAAGUGCCGUUGACGUGGCUGAAAGUUCAACACCUAAUGUUGACAAUGAUAAACCAACACAUAGAACCAGUGCGCCACAGUCAUAUGAUAUAUCACCAUACCAGUGCUCAGAUGAUGAAGAGGAUGAAGUGGAUAGAAUACAAAACAAGAAAUUUGUGCCUACAUGGGCCAGUAAAAGCUGCGUUUCAUUGGCUGUAUCAUCUUUGCAACACGUAGAUCCAGAUCUGAUUUUUCCUCCCGGAUGUUUUUGUAGCUUGGAAGAAGUUCUUAUGCCCAGAAGAUUACCACAGAAAUAGAAGGGAGAACAGAGUUGGCAGAGAUUUGCUUUUGGUUUGCGAGCAGAUUUUUGAAGGGGCAAUGUACACCACUACCUCCAUUCGUCAGCUGAAAGAAGACUUCUCACACUCAUAAAUGAAUUAAGAGACUCUUGGAUUAUAGCUGUAUAUAUGUCUGAUAUUUUACACUGGUAAUGUUUUUUUAACAACCCUUAGUUAUCUUAGUAGCUUAAUUCUAAGCUAGGAAUGAUUGCCAGAUUCCACUGGCGUAUGUAAUAUUAUAGAUUUGAAGAGUUGAAGGAGCUUUCAAAUUUCAGAGGAAGCCAUUAGCUCUAGCAACUAAUGCUCAGAUAUUGAUUAAAGUCUUAGGCGUUUUCAAACUUUCACCAGUCUGAUUAGCAACUCGUGAUAUUCUUGCUGGAUUAGAAUAGAGAAUAUUGCCAGUCAUCCAAGAUUGUUUGGAUGGAGGGAUAAGGAUAGAGUAUCGCCUUUUUAUGUAGGAACUAAUCUCUCCUUGUGUUAUUUAUUUGUAAAUCGAUUUGUUUUUUUUAAAAUUUUUCUAACAGCAUAAAUUUGCAGUAGAGGCAUGUAAUUUCAUGGUUACUCGAAGUAAUAUUAUGUAUCAAGGUUAGCUACCUGUAAUUGUUGAUUUAGUGUCGGACAUUUUUAAUCUAUCUAUGUCCUCUGCACUUGGGAUUUGCCUGGAUUUUUCCUUAAGUACAAGGGUUUAAAGAGCAAGUUUCUAGAUUCUCAGGGGGAAAAAAAAAAAAAAAAAAAAGGUAUAUUUGUGGAUUUGAAGUUUUCACAUUGCAACGGCUAGUGAAUUGUAUCUGUGUAGUGUGUAUGAAAAAUGGUGGGCCUUGAGUUUGGACUUUAACCUGUGUGGAGUGUGGGUCACAUGACCCAUUUACCUUUGUGCCCUUGUCAGAUUGAUUUUUUUUUUUUUUUGUUUAUUCAUUUGUUUGUUUAUUAAUUUAUCUGACAGUUAGAAAUUUGAAUUGUGGACUACUUAAUGUAUUCACUUCCCAAUUCCGCAUUGCCAAUCUUUUACAUUAAGCUCGGAUUCCAAUGGCAUCUCUGUGUAUUUGAUACUCUAGGUCUUACUUACAGUGAAAUCAGUGAUCAUUGGAUCAAUUUGGUAGAAUAAUAUAUUUUGAUUGAUAUGCUAAAUGUUCUAUUUGAGGCUAAAAAGUUAAAACUUUAGACUUGACAAGCUUUUAAAUAAUCUGAUAUAAUAAAUGUUACGAUAUGAAUUACUCAUACUGUAUUGAUAAAGUUUCUUAUUACUAGAAAAAUAUUUGGUAGAAAUCUCUUUAAGGUUUUGUUGUGAUCACUUUAAGUUUACUAAUUUCAGAUCUUAUAUGUUUAGAUAUACGAUAAGUAUAGUGUUUCAAAAAAAAAAAAAUACGAUAAGUAUAGAAAAAAUAAAUUUUGAUAAGAGUUUAUAAAAGUUAGUACAAAUUAUAAUUAAAAUAAGUUCAUGUAUGUUUUAGAUAAUACGGAGUAUAACUCCUCUACACA